ACUGGAGAACACCGACCGUCUGAGUCUGGGCUUCCAUUCACUGAGGUGCUGAGCGGAGGAGGAGGCUGCACACCGGCAGCACGACAGACCCAUGAGGGCUUCUGCUCACAGGCUUGGACUGGUGGCCACACGUUAUUUGUCCUCUUGUCGGUGUCGGUGAGGAGAGGACGGGGAGAGGAGAGAGAGAGAGACAGGGAUAUUGGGUGCUGGAGCGACCAGCCAACCUUUUUUCUUUCAUCUGGGCUGCAGUGCGAGUCAUUCACGAUGCCGGUGUUUCACACCAAGACCAUCGAGAGUAUCCUGGAGCCGGUGGCCCAGCAGAUCUCCCACCUGGUCAUCAUGCACGAGGAGGGGGAGGUGGACGGCAAAGCCAUCCCGGAUCUGACGGUGCCUGUGGCCGCGGUGCAGGCAGCAGUCAGCAACCUCGUACGGGUGGGGAAAGAAACGGUCCAAACCACAGAGGAUCAGGUGAUGAAGAGAGACAUGCCCCCCGCAUUCAUUAAGGUGGAGAACUCGAGCUCUAAGCUGGUUCAGGCUGCACAGAUGCUAAAAGCAGAUCCAUACUCUGUUCCCGCACGAGAUUAUCUGAUCGAUGGAUCCAGAGGGAUUCUGUCUGGAACGUCCGACCUGCUCCUUACAUUUGACGAGGCAGAGGUGCGUAAAAUAAUCCGAGUAUGUAAAGGAAUCCUAGAGUAUCUGGCUGUGGCUGAGGUGGUGGAGACCAUGGAGGACCUCAUCACUUACACCAAGAACCUGGGUCCAGGAAUGACCAAAAUGUCAAAGAUGAUUGAGGAGCGGCAGCAGGAGCUGACGCACCAAGAGCACAGGCAGAUGCUGGUCAACUCCAUGGGCACUGUCAAAGAGCUGCUGCCUGUUCUUAUAUCAGCUAUCAAGAUUUUUGUUUCAACCAAGACCAGUCGAGGUGCCGGCGUGGAGGAGGCUGAGAGGAACAGAAGAUUCACCUUUGAAAAGAUGAGCUCUGAAAUCAACGAGAUCAUCAGAGUCUUGCAGCUCACCACGUGGGACGAAGAUGCGUGGGCAAAUAAGGAUAUGGAGGCUUUAAAGAGAUCUCUGGCUCUGAUUGAGUCCAAGAUGGCACAAGCUAAAAGUUGGCUCAAAGACCCUCUUGGACAGCCAGGUGACCACGGUGAGGUCACCCUGCGCGUGAUACUGGAUGAAGCGGGGAAGGUGGGAGAGCUCUGUGCUGGGAGGGAGAGGAAAGAUAUUCUGGCGACCGCAAAGGCUCUGGGACAAAUGACCGACCAGAUCGCAGAUCUACGAGCCAGGGGCCAGGGCCCGACCCCGGGGUGUGUGCAGCGUGCAGCCCAGUGCUCUCAGGGCUUGGACUUGUUAUUUGGCAAAGUGGACGGUGCUGCGCGCAGACUGGAGGCUCUAAUCAAUGCCAAGCAGGCCAUUGCCAGGAGGCUGGACGCCGCACAGGCCUGGCUGGCUGAUCCUAACGGCGGUCCUGAGGGGGAGGAGAACAUCAGAGCGCUUCUUGCCGAGGCCAAACGCAUCGCUGAUCUGUGCGAAGACCCCAAAGAGCGGGACGACAUCCUACGCUCCAUCAGUGAGAUCGCAGGACUCACAGCUCGACUCGUGGAGCUGCGCAAACAGCUCAAACUGCAACCUCAUGCCGCCAAUAGCUGGCAUAUUUUACCUGCCUGGAAAUUAUGCUGUUGCUUGUCAACCAUGGGCAUCAGUCCCACCAUAAGGGGUAAGGGUGACAGCCCAGAGGCCCGAGCACUGGCUAAGCAGAUUGGAGCGGCACUGCUGAACCUGCAGUCCAAAACCAACCGGGCUGUGGCCAACAUGAGACCAGCCAAGCCGGCUGUCACCUUGGAGGGAAAGAUGGAGCAGGCGCUCCGCUGGGUGAACAACCCUGGAGUGGACGACAGAGGAGUAGAGUGUGAGAAGCUAGAGUGGGACACAGGUCAGGCAGCAAUCAGAGGGAUGGUUGGAGAAGGGAAGAGGUUGGCAGGAGGCUUACUAGGCCCGUAUCGACAGGAUAUGAUUGGACGCUGUGACCGAACCGAGGCUCUGAUGGCGUCCUUGGCGGACAUGGCAGCCAGGGGCGAGGCCGAGGCGCCUCACGCACGCGCUACAGCCGCCCAGCUACAGGACAGCCUCAAGGACCUGAGGCGGCACAUGCAGGAGGUGAUGACCCAGGAGGUAUCGGACGUAUUCAGCGACACCACCACCCCAGUCAAACUGCUGGCUGUGGCUGCAACUGCUCCUCCUGAUGCGCCCAACAGGGAGGAGGUUUUUGACGAGCGCGCAGGGAACUUCGAGGCCCACGCAGGUCGGCUGGGUGCGACUGCAGAGAAAGCCGCUGCUGUGGGAACAGCCAAUAAGAUGACAGUAGAGGGGAUACAUGCUGCUGUGAAACAUGCCAGGGAACUCACUCCACAGGUGACCUCUGCUGCUCGGAUCCUGUUGAAGAAUCCAGGAAACAGAGCAGCGUACGAGCACUUUGACACCAUGAAGAACCAGUGGAUUGACAAUGUGGAGAAACUCACUGGUCUGGUGGACGAGGCCAUCGACACCAAAUCCCUGCUCGACGCCUCCGAGGAGGCUAUAAAGAAAGACAUCGACAAGUGCCGAGUUGCCAUGGCAAAUGUUCAGCCCCAGAUGCUUGUUGCCGGGGCAACAAGCAUAGCAAGACGAGCUAAUAGGGUCCUGUUGGUGGCUAAGCGGGAAGUGGAGAACUCCGAAGAUCCACGUUUUAGAGACACUGUGAAACACGCUUCAGACAUCCUCUCACACACCAUCUCACCCAUGGUCAUGGAUGCCAAGGCAGUGGCUGGGAACAUACAAGACAAAGCUCUGCAAAAGGCAUACUUGGACUCUUGUCUAAGGAUCCUGGCUGCAGUGGGAAAAGUUAGAGAAGCUUUUCAACCUCAGGAGCCCGAUUUCCCUCCCCCACCUCCUGACCUGGACCAGCUUCAUGUCAGUGAUGAGCAGGCGCCGCCCAAACCCCCGUUGCCAGAGGGCGAGGUGCCGCCGCCACGGCCCCCUCCUCCAGAGGAGAAGGACGAGGAGUUCCCAGAGCAGAAGGUCGGUGAGGUGCUCAGUGAGCCCAUGAUGGUGGCAGCCAGGCAGCUGCAUGAUGAGGCCCGCAAGUGGUCCAGCAAGCCUGAGGAGGAGGAGGCAGUAGAGGAAAGGGAGGUAGAUGAUGAAGAUGAGUUUACUGAUGGUGAGGAUGACUAUGAGCCAGAGCUGCUGAUGAUGCCCUCCAACCAGCCUGUCAAUCAACCCAUUCUGGCAGCUGCCCAGUCUCUCCACCAGGAGGCGCGCAAGUGGUCCAGCAAGGGCAACGACAUCAUUGCAGCGGCCAAGCGGAUGGCUCUGCUGAUGGCAGAAAUGUCCCGGCUUGUGCGCGGCGGGAGCGGGAACAAGAGGGCGCUGAUUCAGUGCGCCAAGGACAUCGCCAAGGCCUCGGACGAAGUGACGAGGCUGGCGAAAGAAGUGGCCAAGCAGUGCACCGACAGGCGCAUCAGAACUAAUCUGCUGCAGGUGUGUGAGCGCAUCCCGACCAUCAGUACACAGCUGAAGAUCCUGUCCACGGUGAAAGCCACCAUGCUGGGACGAACAAAUAUUAGUGAAGAAGAGUCCGAGCAGGCCACAGAGAUGUUGGUCCAUAACGCUCAGAAUCUGAUGCAGUCAGUGAAGGAGACGGUCAGAGAAGCAGAGGCAGCUUCCAUCAAGAUCCGCACAGACUCGGGAUGCACCCUCCGCUGGGUGCGCAAGACCCCCUGGUACCAGUAAACAAACUGUAAACUGGUCACUCAAAGCUAGUAAAUACUCUAAACUUGGCACAGAUAGCACACACUGUAUGUAAAAGUAGUAACGUGCACACUCAUCAUGAGUUCAUUUCUUCCAAGAGGAACCUGCAGGUGAUCAUGUCCACGCUCCACAGCAGUGAGGGAGAGUGUAUUCUUUUUUUUUUACCAGAACCAUUGGUUUUGGUACUAAGCAGGUUCCGUUUGUUGGAGUGAAAUAAGCUUCUUUUGCUCUCCACUUCCCUUUAUCUGUAACUUUUUAAUAUAUAUUUUUGGUAUGUUGUGUUUUACGAGAGUUUAUCCAAAUCCCAGGUAUAUAUAUAUAUAUAUUUUUUGCAUGGAAUUUUUUUCUACUUUUUAAGAGGGUUAAUUACGACAAUAAGAUAUUGUCUCCUAGAUGACGUUUGAUCUUCAUUCAGUUUUUCUUUUUUCAGGGAGAGUUUCUUAUUGUCUAUUGUACAUACAAUAACUAUUUGUUUUAUGGACAACAUUAAACGAUGAGCCGUAAAUUCACCGAGUCCGACGACACUCGAGUGUGAGGUCGCGAAUCUCACUUCAUGUUUACUUAUAGAAACAACAUGGUUGUUAUCUGUGGAUUUUCAAGGGUAACUCAUCCUCAAGUAGAAAGUUAUGACUUGUAGGUAAAUGAUAGUUUAUUAAACUGUCAGUAUAGUUUGAAAAAAAAAAAAAGUAUGGUUGUCAAUAAAUUACAUUUUAUUGUUAAGUCGGUACUUAUAGCAGACAUGAGGAAUUCGCUUAACAAUGGCAGCAUGACUGACAGUAAGCUUAAAGUCAAGGUUAGUUCAGGUGUUUUUAUGCGUUUGUUUAAAACUGUAAACAAUGCCAAAGGUUUUGUUUUAUUCCUGUAAGCUUCAUAAGGUUCUUAACAAAAAAUAUCCUGGAGAACUUUUUGUGGUCUUGUUUUUUUAGCAAACAAAAGAAAAAAGAAACUGUAUUAUUGUUUUUCCUGCACUAUCUCUGUAACAGUUGAACUGUUGACUUUCAAAAUGAUUCAAAACCACCCUCCAACAUCCUGUUUUUAGAAAUGUACCCACAUGUGAGCUCAGUGGUCACAGUCAAUAAUCUGAAGUAGAACUCUGUGACAGGUUUUCUAGAUGACAUCGGUGAAUUGAGAACAUAAAGCAACAUCUUAAAUGUGAUAUCAGGCAUCGACUUCACGCACAUUUUCAUUCCCUCAACAGUAUUUCAUAUGACAUUUCUUUACACAACGGCAAAUGUUACUGUUAAAUGGAGAAUUUGUGUGCGCCUGUGUGUAAGCUCCCCCCACUUAUAGGCAGUACGAAGGAGCAGUGCCCAUGAAGGUAGGGAUAGUUUUGUUGUCUUUAUUUGGGCCUACUGAGUAUGUAGCAGUCACUGAACCCCCACACUGAUAUUGAAAGGGUGUAUGUAGUUCUGUGUGUGUACCUGACGUGUCCGUUCACAGACUGAAUGUAUUCUGAUAGCGUCUAGCCCUGCCAACACAUCUGCUGUGCCUUGGAAGAAUAAAAAGUCUAUAAUUCUGA